AUGUCAGUGAGUUUCCUUAUCACUCAACUGUUUAUCAGACACGAUGCAUUUGUACCAAAUAUCGUUGCACUAACUUUUGCUCCAUUGGUGUUAUUAUUUUAUUCGUUUUAUAAGUACUUAUUUUAUGAAGAAACUCCAAAACAAUUGUUUCUUUUUUAUUUACUCGAAGGAAUUAUUGAAGGGGGGUCACAAGGGAUUGCAUUAGUAGUCUUAGUUUUCUUUUAUGAAAAUACACAACAAUAUAUUACUAUGUUAUAUAUUGAAUUAGUAUCGUUUGUACCAUUUAUUUGUUAUUCAAUGCCUAAGUUAAAAAAUUGUAAAUUAAAUGGAAUUGUAUUAUUAAUAUCAUCAAUAUUUCCAAUUGUAACUGCAGUUAUAAUUAGUGUUCAUUAUAGAUUUUAUUGGCAAAUUAUUACAGUCGAUCUUUUGUUUAUUAUUCCUUAUUGGAGGUCAUACUUAACAGGGUUGUCUAGUGUUCAUAUAAAACAAAUAGAAAAACAUCGUUAUUUUACUUCACUUAUUAGAGAGUCAACAAAAAUUAUUGGGUUAAUAAUGGGUUUUUGUUUUGUUUAUUACACUAAUCAAAUUAAUCCAACUGAACAUUGGCUGAUUAAUCAAAUUUAUUUACUUCCACUGUGUUGCAGUUUGUUAAUUCCUUUUAUACUUCAAUUUACUAUUUCUUGGGGAAUGAAAGCUGUUCUUCCAAUUACAACAACAAUAUUACCAAUGACGGUAUCAAUUAUUAUAUCUCUUUUAUUUUACCUUUCAAUAUGUCAUUGGUAUUGGAUAUCGGAAAUUUUUGAGGGGAUGUGUAUUUAUUAUGCAGGAGAUACUGAUUGGUGGUUUGUUGGAUGCUUUAUUGGAGUAGUUGUUUCAUGUUGUUUAUUUUGUAAAAGACUCAUUGAACAAAAGAAGUAUAUAAAUAAAAUAAGAGACGUAUGGAGUAUUCCUGAUAUUUGUUGUAUUUCAUUUUCAAACUCACUAUUAUUGAAUAGAAGAACUGAUGACAUUAUUCAAAACGAAAUUAGGGGAAGCGAUGAGAACACAUUUAAAACAAAAAGAAUAGUUAUAUGUACAACUAUGUACCAUGAAACAGAAGUUGAGAUGACCCAAAUAAUAGAGUCAUUCAAACGACUAGAUAACAUAUCCUCAUCUAAAGACCAUAUCUCAUUUUGUAUUAUAUUUGAUGAUUCCUGUACUGUUGAUGGACUAACACUAUAUUUCAAUUUAUUUGCUGAACAAAUUAUAAGACUAUUAUAUCAAGAACGAGUAAAAAUAGAAUAUAAAGUUCAAUGGUUUGGUGCAAUUGCAUUAGGAACUUUUAAUAAUGGAACUUCAUUAACAAUAUUAUUUAAAGACUCUCAUUUAAUAAGGAAAAAUAAAAGAUAUAGUCAGUUGAUGUUAUUUAAUUAUGCUAUCAAAACUUAUGGCAAAGAAGAGACAUUUGUUCUAUUUACUGAUGGAGAUACGUAUUUUUCUCCUUCUUCAGUAAGGAAAUUAUGUCUUGAAUUAUCAUCUAACCCAAGAUGUGGUGCAAUUUCUGGAAGAGUGUAUCCUGAUGGAAAGGGGAUUUGGGCGGCAUUUCAAAAGUUUGAGUAUGCAACAAGUCAUUGGUUACAAAAACCAGCAGAGGAAUUACUAGGGUCUGUUUUAUGUUGUCCAGGCUGUUUUACUUUACUUCGUCUUGAAGCGAUUUAUGAUGACAACUUAAGAAAUAAAAGAAUAUUUGAUAAAUAUUCCGAACCGCCUCGAAGUGGUAUAGGUAUUUUAACUCACAACUUUGGUGAAGAUAGGUGGUUGUCAUAUCUUCUUAUUGAAAGAGGAUGGGAAUUAAAGUAUUGUUCUAUCACUAAAUCUAAAUCUUAUUGUCCUAUUACGACACAAGAAUUCUUUAAUCAAAGAAGAAGGUGGUUAACUUCUACUUGGGCUAAUCUUGUUAUGAUUAUCAAAAAUUGGAUGAGGAUUAAAAGAAAUAAUAAAAAAAUUUCAACUGGAUUCAUGAUAUACACCUUUCUCAAUUUUAUUUCAUCUUUCACUACUCCUCCUACUACUUUAUUAUUGGUUUAUGGAUUUUUAGUUAAUUUAGAAGUUCCAUAUUCUCAACUUAUUGCCUUAGUACUUUCUGUCUUUCCUACAUUAAUAUUUUUAAUAAUUGAGGUUGUUGUUCAUUAUCUACCUGCACCAUCCUUUGAAAUAUGGUGUAUCAAUAUUAUUAGUGGUAUUUAUGGAAUAGAAAUGUUGUUAGUGAUUGCUAAUUUAAUUUAUACUUUGAUAACUAUUCAACAAAUAUCAAUAAGUUUGAUCUUCUGUGGAGCCUUAAUUAUUGUUUAUGUAACUACUAUUGUUCUUCAUUGUGAGUUUAACCGAAUUGUUGGAGGAAUAAUAACAUUUUUCCUUAUACCAACAACAAAUGUCUUAUUAAUAAUAUACUCUUUUAUGCACAUGUCUGAUGUGUCAUGGGGAACAAGAGAACAACACCAUGAAGGUUCUUUGCAAAAGGUUGUUUACGUACAAAACUCAAACAUUAAUUAUAUCGAUCAAAUAUCAAUAUUUAUACCAGAACCUCCUAAUGAAAAAUAUAAUAAAAAGAUGAAAAAAAACUUGAAUAAAACUCAGUUUAUUACUAUCCUUCUCUUCUUCUUCACAAGUGGGUGUUGGAUUCUUCUUUCUCUUUUGUUAAUGUUUUUAGACUGUCAAUACCAUUUAAAGAUUAUGGGAAUUUCGUUUUCUUUUAUGAUUGUAUUAAUGAAUUGUUACCACUAUGACCAUGAUUCAUCAGAUGAUUGUUCAUCUUGUGAAGAUGGAUGUGAGUGUUGUGGAAGCCAUGGACAUCGCAAUGAUGUCCCUGAACAGAAAAGAAUACCUAAUUUAUUCUAUAUUCAAAGAGGAAAUGGAACGGAGAAAGGUAAUGAUGGAAGUAAAGUAAUAAUUAACUAUACAAUGAAAUUUUCUGGGAAUGUUAUCGAAGAAAAAAAUGGUUAUGAGAUGAUUAUUGGAGGAGAUUAUAAUAGUAUUAUUUGUGAAGGAAUGGAAUUGAUGGCUGAGCAUAUGCAUGAAGGAGAUAUUUGUACAAUGGAUUUACUCCCAGAAUUAGCAUUUGGUGAUAGUGGAGAUGAAAAACGCCAUAUCCCCCCUAACGCUCUCAUUCAAAUGAAAAUUGAGUUAGUUCAUUUAGACAAAUUCCCAACACCAUUUACUAUAGAUAGUGAACAACUUUAUCCAUUUGCCUUAAAGAAAAAAAAAGAAGGAAAUGAUUUUAUGAAAGAAUGCCAUUACCAAAGAUCUAUAAGGGCUUACCAAUGUGCAUUAGAGUUUCUUGAAGAAGAUUAUCGUAUUCCCGCUGAUGUUAGAAAACAAGCUUUUGAACUAAGACAUAUCAUUCAUAACAAUUUAUGUGCAGUUUAUAUUCAUGAAAAGAAAUUUAAGUAUGUUGUUAUUCAUGCAAGUAUUGUUAUUAAAGAAGAUAAUUGUAAUUGGAAAGCUUUAAUGAGAAGAGGAACGGCUUAUUUAAAUAUGGAUAAAUUAGAUAAAGCAAGAAAAGAUUUAGAGGCUGCUCAAGACUUUGAACCUGAUUCAAAAGAUAUUGCUGUUCAAUUAAAAAUUUGUAGGCAACGCCAAGCAGCAAAUUUAAAACGAGAGAAAGGAAUUUAUUCAAAAAUGUUUUAA